UGGGUUAGAAGAAGUCUAGUCAGUCCGGAUGGGUUUUUGACACUAACGAUGGACAGAUUCCUUAGUGAUAUUGAGAAGGAGAAGCCCACCAGAUUUUCCUUUCAGCAGCUUAAACAAGCAACCAAUAACUUCAGCAACUUGCUGGGAUCGGGUGGUUUUGGGGCAGUUUACAAAGGGCUAUUUGCUGAUGGGACUGCAGUGGCAGUCAAGGUUCUAAGUGGGAGCUCUGACAGGAGAAUUGAGGAACAGUUCAUGGCGGAAGUGAGUACCAUUGGUAGGGUUCAUCAUUUCAAUCUGGUUCAGCUCUAUGGGUUCUGCUAUGAGAGAGACUUGAGAGCUCUGGUGUACGAGUUCAUGGACAAUGGCUCGCUUGACAACCUCUUGUUUCUGGAGAACUCCAUGUUAGAAUCCGAGAAGCUUCAUGAGAUUGCUGUUGGGACAGCCAAAGCAAUAGCAUAUUUGCAUGAAGAAUGCCAACAGAGAAUAAUCCACUAUGACAUAAAACCAGGAAACAUUCUCUUGGACUCCAAAUUCACCCCUAAAGUAGCUGACUUUGGCUUGGCCAAGCUUUGCAACAGGGACAACACCCAUAUAACCUUGACAGGAGGGAGGGGAACUCCAGGUUAUGCUGCACCCGAACUUUGGAUGCCCCUCCCUAUCACCCAUAAAUGUGACGUUUACAGCUAUGGGAUGCUUUUGUUUGAAAUCGUGGGUAGGAGAAGAAACCUUAAUGUGAAUGCUAAAGAGGGCCACGAAUGGUUCCCAAAAUGGGUUUGGGAUAAAGUAGAGAGUGGAGAGAUGGGAGAUCUAAUGGCUGCAUAUGGGAUUGAGGAGAAGAACAGAUCCAAGGUAGAUAAGAUGGUAAAGGUAGCUCUAUGGUGUGUUCAGCAUAGCCCAGAAGCAAGGCCUUUGAUGAGCAUGGUGGUGAAAAUGUUGGAAGGAGCUGUAGAUAUUCCCACACCUUUAAACCCAUUUCAGUACUUCACAGGGGUUUCUUGUUCCGGGCUCCUCGCGUGUAGCACUGAGGUAGCCACUGGCUUUAAGUCAGGUUCCUCCCAGAAUACAAUAGAAAAAGAAUCCACGUAUAUGCAACCCUUUCACGUGGAGGUAUGA